UUUACCACUCCACACCAUAAGAAAUGCCUAAUCAUGGAGAUAGUCUUAAUGAGAAAGACUCCAUUGACAAGAAGGAUAUUCUACUUUACCGCCAAACAAAGGCUGUGAAGUGUGGACAGAUCGAAAGAUUCAUCAUCACCUACACACCAAACAACAACAAAAGUAAUACCAAUACAUCCAAUCCUAUCCCACCAAAUCUAUGGCUCAAGGUAAAGAACAAGGAGCUGAUUGCUUUGAGAGCUGCGUAUUUGGCUGGCCCUUACGUGCUCUAUGUGGAUUGUACGCCAAUGGAUUACCAUUCGGAACAGCAAUGCUUUGUUACCGCCGACCAACCAGUAUUUGAACCUCAACUCUUACCCGGCCAAUCUGUGUAUGCUGAAUUGGCUUGUCAUAGUAUUAAAUCAUCUUAUUCAUGGACCGUCGAUGUGGUGUCACAAACCAUUUUCAAUAACACCAUCGAUGUGGAUUUUGAAAUAAGUAUUGGAACAUCCAAACAAGUGGUCCAUGAUCUUUCAUUCCCCAUGGAAAGACCGGUAACUAAUGGAGAUAAGACUGGGGUCUUUGUGCCGCCUUCACUCUUAUCUGUAACUAACCAUGAUACUUUGGACUUGUGGAAUUUACCAAUCCCUUCUCCAUCAAAGCCCAUACAUUUGGUCAUUUUAACUCAUGGACUUCAUUCCAAUGUAUCGGCAGAUAUGUUGUAUUUGAAAGAUCAGAUCGAUCGUUCCUGUAAAGGCGAUAAUGUGGUGGUGAAGGGGUUUUUCGGGAAUGUCGGAAAGACUGAACGUGGGAUCAAAUAUCUUGGAAGUCGAGUCGCUGAGUUUGUGGUUGAUUUGGUGACUAAAAAUGGAACUUUUGCCAAUGGGAAAGUUGAUAGAAUUUCAUUUGUUGGUCAUUCCCUCGGUGGACUUGUCCAAACGUUUGCCAUAGCCUACAUUGAAAAUAAUUUCCCCUGGUUUUUCAAACAAAUUCAACCAAUCAAUUUCAUUACCAUUGCCCUGCCCUUACUUGGAGUUGUUCAUGAAAACCCAAUGUAUGUUAAAUUGGCGCUACUGGCCGGGUUUGUUGGGAAAACAGGUCAAGACUUGGGGUUGGUAUUCUUGGAAAACAAUUCGCCUCCAUUAUUGUUAUUACUCCCAACUGGCCCCACUCAUCUGAUCUUGAAAAUGUUUAAACGACGUACCGUGUAUGCCAAUGUCAAGAAUGAUGGCAUUGUUCCCUUGAGAACGUCAGCGUUGCUCUAUUUGGAUUAUAAAGGAUUGUCCCAAAUUAUGAGAAACAAUACAAAUACCGAGUCGUCAGAUGAUGGUUCUGUGAUCAAUUCCACCAUGAAAAUCCCUUCCACCGAUCAAAUCCAUGGAGAUUCGAAAAACAGUAAUAAUAACGGUAAGGAAUCCAAUGGGUUACAUCCACUCCAGGCCAUGCUCUCAUUCUUUAUGCCCCAGAAACAAUCUUCUCAGGGAACGGGUCAUGGUCAAUAUCAGAGAUUUCAAACUGGCGUUCGUAGUGGUGGUGGGGCUAAUGAUGAAGAUGGUAACUUGAUGGCCCCUGGUGACUCUUUUGAACAUUUACUGAAGUCAUCCGUACUUGAAACUGCCACCUCGUUGAUCUUACCACCACUUCCUUCAUUCAAGUACAUCACUGAUCCUUCUUCUAGAGAAAAUGUCAUUGUUCAUGACAAGGUUUAUCAAGAGUCGGAUUUACCGCCACGUGAGGUCAAACAACUUGCAGAGGAAGAGUCUCUGGCAGGGAUUUUAGAAAGGAUUGGACUCCCACUGCUUCGAUUGGGGAGUGGUGAUGAUGUGACUGUUGCUGCCACUGAAGCUUCAUCCACCACCACAAAUGGGGCUUCGAACCUGCCCCAACUGACCAUGACGCCGUCACUCAGGAAAAGAUUGAUGAAUUCUCUAGAUAAAGAUGUUGAAUAUUUGGAGGAAGAGAUUGCAAGAGAGUACCAUAAACACAUGUCAUGGCGGAAAGUUCUAGUACAAUUACUUCCUGAUGCCCAUAAUAAUAUCAUAGUACGUAGAAGAUACGCCAACGCCUACGGCUGGCCAGUGAUUGAACACUUGGUAUCCAAUCACUUUGCCGAAGGCGUUGAUAAAGACACCACUUUGGAAGAGUGUGACCAGAGAGAUUCACUUGACGAAGAGGGGGACCUUUCACGGAUCCUCUCUAGAGAUCUCAUCACCAGGCAAAACGACGAUAUCGACGAGUCCACCAAGAAAGAUAAUCACCAUUGGAUCAAUUCGGAGGACAAUGCAGAGUCGCUAUUUGCGGUUGGGCCCACGGGGCUCUUGUCGGACGUCAGUGAGAUGAUGGGCAAUUUCAAAGAUCAAUGGUAUAACUAUCAGCGCGGGGUGGUGGAUAGUGGACUGGAUGUUCAGGCUGCGCCCUCGGGGAGCAAAGAUGAAGACAUGGGGUCAUCGAGACAAGUCAUGGGAGAUUUCAUAUAGAGAGAAUAGUAAAAGUAAUACAUAUACAUAGAAUAUCUCUAA